GUUAUCAUGGGUAUUUCUGACGCGGAACUCAUUGUCUUGGAUGCAUUUGAGGAUUUUGAGUAUGUAAGGAGAAGAGUUCAGAUAUCACUAACCGAUACUUCAGAGACAAUGCAUGCUGACACUUAUGUAUGGAGUGAUGCAGAGGAUCCAGAUCUGUAUGGUGAAUGGGAUUUCGAGGAGUGGAAGAGGGUUCACAUGAAGGAUUUCCUAACGAUGACACUCGGAUUCAUGGACGGACUCGAACGGCCCGAACCGAAGACCCGGGUCGAGACCUAUCAGUCUUUCAUGCACGAGCACGAACAACCUGAAUCAGGAACCCAGGUCAAGAGCUGAGUUAGGAUCCGAUUCAUCAGUGUGCUGUAAUAGCGUUAUCCGAAACAGUUUAUAUCCUCAGAUUUGUGAAUAAGAUCUUUAUAGGAUCAUUCUCACUGAAACAAAUUCGAAUACAAUCUCUUCUGUGAGACCCCUGAUGAUGCAAGUAGUGAUGUGUAUCAUAAUAAAAGCUUUUCUGCUAGAAUUGAGAUGAAA